GUUGAUGCCAGGUUCCGUCUCGCACCUUACAGUGUGGCUGGAGCUCCGUGGAAACCUUAUUUUUGUACAAACCCACGUGAAUCAACCACAUUCUAUACUUAUGUAAUGCCUAUGAUAAGAGUAAGCAAUUUCAUUAAAACUAUUGACGGGAACGUCAUAACUACCAAUUUUGUAAUUCGUUUCAUUUUUAAGCUCCAAUUGAUUACAUGUUGGUUAUUAAAGCCGAUACCAAGACGUCGCAUUGGCUGCAGUACCGUCAUCCGAAUUGCACUGGAUGUGAAGGUAAUAAUGAAACUCCGAAGAUGACGAUGGUAUAUCUCAAGAGAAUGCCAAUGAUUUGGCUUACGUAAAAUGGAACGAAGACGAUAUGGCAGUCGAAGACAGAGAAAAAAACAACGAACAUGGUUAAAGAAAUGUAAAGAAUACAUUAGACAGCUGGUAGCAUUCUUAUUCAGUAACGUUGGAAUCAUUGGAUUAGUGGUAGGAUAUACAAUAGCAGGAUCGUUCAUAUUUAUGACUAUAGAAGGAAGACAUGUGCAGAAGAUGAAGCUUGAAGUACUAGGAAACAGAUCACUGUAUGCGCAGAAGUUGUGGAAUAUAACCAUGCAACUUAAUGCCAAAGUGAUGACUAAGGAAGAGUUUCAUAGAAGGAUAACAGAGGAGUUGUUUCAAUACCAGAGGAUAGUAGUGAAUUUCACACGAAGAGGUUACGACGGGACUGACGAACUUAAUUGCACUGCUCAAUGGAGCUUUGCAGGAGCAUUCCUUUAUUCUCUCACUGUUAUAACCACUAUUGGUUAUGGCAAUAUCUUUCCACACACCCCUGUUGGUAAGAUCACGACUAUAGUAUAUGCCAUUGUAGGGAUGCCAUUAUUCUUGCUGUAUUUAAGCAAUAUUGGAGACAUCAUGGCGCGAUCUUUCAAGUGGAUUUAUGCCAAUUGCUGCCUUUGCAGGUGGUGUCCAGGUGUUGCAAAAAGAAGAGCUAUGAGACGUAUUCGACGGGAGCAGAAAAUGAGCCAAGCAGUAGGAAGUGAUGAGGAAGGUGGGAGUAGUAGUAAAACUUCUAGUGAUGUAAACAUUCCAGUUCCAGACUCAGGACCAAGAGAUUCCAUGGUUAGUGAUAAUUUGACUGCCUACACAGAAGAAUCAUACGAUGUACAGACUGUUACCGUACCUCUGACUAUAUGCUUGAUGAUUAUGGUUGGGUACAUUUGCGGAGGAGCCUUGCUGUUCUGCAAAUGGGAGAACCAUUGGACCUUCUUGGAUGCUUCUUACUUCUCCUUCAUCUCCUUAAGCACCAUCGGCUUCGGUGACUUAGUCCCAGGAGAUAAAAUAUACGGAAGAGGCAUUGACUUCUACAGCGAAGUGCUGGAACUCAGCUUCGUCUUCUGCUCCAUAUACCUUAUGCUUGGUAUGGCGUUGAUUGCUAUGUGCUUCAAUCUUAUGCAGGGGCUCAGGACACUUUUGGAGCAUGGCCUCAGUUUAGAUUUGGAUCCCAGGAAAAAUUGUUGGUUCCGAUUGAGAAUCCUUGGAUCUCUCUUGAUUUCAUCAGACAGAAUCGCUGAAUCUACUGAAAAAUCAAUAGAAUUAGCACAGACAGAAAAGCUCGACAGUACGACCCUUUACUGCCCGAAGUGUGAGAUUCUCCAGAAAUGCGAUGCUUACUAAAACUCCUCAGUUGUUCCGUUACACCUCCCAAUACGACAAUACUUGCAGCAUUUCGUCAUGGUGGACAGCUCUGCGCCAAGUUUUUUUAUAAGCUGACAAAAGAAAACCAGGAGAGACCAUGAAACCAGUGAGGUGAAACUUUUAACGCGUAUAUUUGCUCUCACUUUAACUAAAGCUCUUAUGCCAUCCUACAGCAGAGACAGAUGGAAAUAUCGCUGUGACUAGAGGUACUUCGAAUCCCUUUUAAAUGGUUCAGUAUUUAUUUUAACACUCACCCCACUCUAACAAUCUGCCAUCGAAAAUCCCAUAUUCGCCCUCGUCUUGAUCCUGCAGCCACUUGAGGUGUAGCAAGAGUUUCGCUAAAAUCCCGGAAACUGUUUCUCGGAGGAGGUUAUCCAUAAGAUCCAAACGACAGUUCGCACCAUUAAGUAUGUGCUGCGCUGUAACAGAUGACUGACGUCGUCGAAUGACGUCGUAAAACAAAGGGCGAUCUGACGUAAGCAAUCAUGAUGGCAGCGAAAGGACACGUGGAGCGCAGGGGGAGGGAAAACAAAUGCAGAUCACUGCACUGGUGACAUAGACAUAGACGCCGAGGAUGGUGACAACACAACCGAAUUGGUUCGACCGUGUACGUGCGGGGAGAAAAAUGGUGUUUUCGCUGUGGGAAUAGAUGAUCCUUAGUCUGAAAGAAACACCACUGGUAUUUUACGUUUCAAGUAUUGAAAAACUGUUAUAAUUAUGUAGAUGUCGUGUUACCAAAUACAUUUUUUCUCUAUGA